AUGUUAAUGAGAAUGUCUAAAAAACUUAAUCUGAACAAAUUUAUUAAUUUGUAUCAAAUGAAAAAUUCGAACAGACUUCAUACAAGUGUACAAAAUUUAUCAAUAGUUAAUCCAAAAAUUGAGGAAAAUAAAAUAAAUCUCAAAGGUAUUAACAUCAAUUAUCUCAAAACUGGUACUGGAAAACAAACAGUUUUAUUCUCACCAAGCCCUAUAGGAAGUAUAUUGACAGACUUUAAGCCACAAAUUGAAAGCUUAGACAAGACAAAAUUCACAAUCGUUGCGUGGGAUCCGCCAGGUUAUGGAAAAUCUCGUCCACCGGAAAGAGAUUACUCAGGAGAUUUUGGUCAAAGAGAUGCUGAAUGUGCUUAUGAAUUAAUGAAUACUUUGGGUGUUUCUAAAUUUUCUCUAGUUUCUUGGAGCAGCAGUGGGAUUUCUUCUAUGAGAAUUGCUGCUACAUACCCUCAAUGUGUUGAUAAACUUAUUUUAAUGUGUUGUCCCAUACAACCAUCUUUUCAAGAUUUAGAAACUCACAACACUAUGAAAAAUCUGAGUACAUGGCCUAAAAAAAGGAAAGCAUCUUUGGUAUCAUUGUAUGGUGAAGAGGAUCUCAGUAAAAUGUGGAAUUCAUGGGUAGAUUAUUUGAUUCAUGUUUUUCACAAUGAAAAUGGUACUUUUCUUAGAGAAGUUGUUCCAAACGUGAAAUGUCCUACAUUAAUUCUACAUGGUAAUAAAGAUAACUUUGUCCAUCCAAAAAAUGCUUUCAUCCUAAAUAGUAGUAUCCACAAUUCAAGAGUAAAGAUACUUGAAGGAGGACAUAAUGCUCAUCUUAAAUAUCCCGACGAAUAUAGUAAACUAAUAACGGAAUUUUUAUUAGAAGAAAAUUAAAACAUUCUAUAAAAAACAAUAUAUAUUCAUUUUUGCACAACUCAAUUGCGAAGCAAUGAGACGUGUUCUGCUAACGCUUACUCGGUCCGGCUGAUUCACUCACGUAAAAAUCACAUAUAUACUUAUCCUAAUAUUAUCAACUAGAAAAAAAUUCGUAGCAUCCCGGAAAAAAAAGAUUUUAUAUGAUCUUAUAAAGUUCUUAUAAAAAUUAAUAUACUCUCGUGAGGACUUUACACAGAAAAAAAAAAUCUUGACUCAAGAAAAUUUUUCUUCAACCAAGAAAUUUUCCAGCGAGUGAAAUGAAAACCGGAAAUUUCUUGAACGAAGUGAAAUAAUUUCUUGAAUUUCAAAUCUUCAAUUAAGAAAAAAAAUUCUUAAGCCAAUACAUAUUUCAU